AUGACGGACUUUGAAAAUGUUCUAGCUGACGGUACAGCGCGGGGCACGAAUAUUGUUCCCGGCUGUGUAGUUGCCGCGGUGGACAAAGAUGGAAAUUUUCUUUCUUCAAAAGCUUCAGGGUACAGUGGAGUCGGUGUGGAAUCUAAGCCGAUUAACCUGGAUACUACUUUCUGGAUUGCUUCUUGCACGAAGCUCAUCGGCACCGUCGCAGUGUUACAAUGCGUCGAGAGAGGUCAAAUUUACCUUGAUGAACCGGUUGGGCACGUUCUUCAUGAGCUUGCUAACCCUGAGAUUAUCCAUGAAAGAAAGUCUGGCACAGUUGGUAGCCCUUUCAACGUACACCCAACGACAAAGAAGAUCACCGCCAGGCAACUCCUUUGUCAUACCAGCGGUCUCGCCUAUGAUAUAUUCAAUCCCACCCUCGCGGCAUGGCGUGCCUCGAGAGGGGAAUCGCUACAAGGAUUCGCUGGGGAUGUGACAACUGCACAUGCAGUGCCUCUGGUCUUCGAGCCAGGGGAGGGCUGGUCGUAUAGUGGGGGUGUUGACUGGGCUGGCGAAAUGGUAGCUCGAGUGAACAACACGACGUUCGGCCACUACGUUCAGCAACAUAUUUUCGAACCUUUGGGAAUGAAGUCGCCGACCUUCCGAUUGGAAAAUCACCCAGAGACUCUAGCGCGUCUAAUGGAGAUGACUGAGAGGACGGUAGACGGAGACCUGAAGGAAUCUGUGAAGCCGUGGCCAGACAACGCACCGCAGGACUGCGCCGGGAUUGGUCUGUAUUGCUCGAUGUCGGACUACGUAAAGGUCAUUGGAGAUUUGAUCAAAGACAGUCCAAUCCUACUAGGGCGCAAGACGAUCGAGAAAGAGCUGUUCACGCCGCAGUUAGCUCAGGAUUCUCCUUCACUUAAAGGGUUGUGGUCCUCAGCAGACAUCUUGGGAGCGAUGACCGGGGCCACUGGAGUGAAAAAUGGUCUCAAUUUUAACGUCGGCGGCUUAUACAUGGAAGAGGAGGGCACGUUCCUAAAGGAAGGUACGCUUGUGUGGGGAGGUUAUCCCAACUUGGUCUGGUUUAUGAACCGGAAGCACGGCGUUGCGGCAGUGUACGCCACUCAGCUCUUACCUGCUGGGGACCCGAAGAGCCGGAGCUUGGCGCAACAAUUCAUGCAAGAAGUAUGGCGCAUAACCGCACGUUGA